AUGAGCGACAACAACAGCAGCGACGACGAUGAAACCAAUAGGGCGUCUCAACAGAUGCAAAAGGGCUUGCGAGAGACGAACCAAAAAGUGGAAGCAUCGCUGCUGACGGCGAUUCAGGAUCAUGUUAAAAAUCACUCGAAAAAGUCGGGAGUGGAUUUUCUGGACGUCAAGAACAGUUUGCUCUUGUCCUAUUUGAUUGACCUGACAGUCUACUUGAAAGCCAAAAUGACGGGGGCACCUCCAUCCAAUCUGCAUCGCCUGCGAGAAAUGAAAGUUGUCUUGGACAAACUGCGUGGUCUCGACAAGAAGCUCCGCUAUCAAAUUGACAAGUUGUUGCAAGCCGAAACCGCGGCGACCUAUGUGACUUCAGCAGCAGAACAAGAUGACGAUGAAGAAAAGGAGGACACACAUCAGUCGGACGAUCCGCUGCAAUAUCGACCCAAUCCAAAGGCAUUUGAUGAUGACGAUGAUGAUUCUAGUGGCAAUUCAGAGGAUGAGGGAGACAAGGAUUCGGAUAACAGUGAUGACGAUGACGAUGAUGACUUGGAAGCCGCCAAACGCACUCUUGCCAUGACCAAAAAGUCCAAAAGCGAUAAUAAAAAACACGACAAUGACGACGAUGGCAUUUACAAAGCACCUCGCAUGACCGCCAUGCCCUACAUGCUGGACAAACAGGACAAGGAAGCCGCGCGACAAAAGCGAGAACGACGUCGAUUGAGGACUUCGGAAUUGGCACAAUCUUUGCGACAGCAAUACGGAGAUGCACCCGAACAAGAGGAUCUCCAUGGUGGAACCAGCGUGCUUGUGGGCAAAGAGGCCAUGGCGGCCAAGAAGUUUGCCAAAUUCCAGGAAGAAAAGACACAGUUUGAAGAAGACGCCAUGAUCCGAUUGACCGUCACAAAGAAAGAAAAGAAGGAACGCAAACGCAUAGAGCGCAUGGAAGCCAACAAUUGGACUGGAAUUGCCGAUUUGGGGAAUUUGGCGCGAGAGGCCAGUCGAGUGAUUGGUGAUGAUGGGGAUGAUGCAAAUAACCAUAGUGACAAUGAUGACCGAAACAAGAAAUCCUUUCGUGGUAGCACCGACCGACACGCCAAUGGCAAACGCAAAAAGAACGUGAUGGAUCAGGAAGGACGGCCCAUGAAGAAUAUGGGACGAAAGCAGCAAGGCAAAGCCAAGAAUGCCUAUCAGGCAGCAUUGUUUGGAGGUGGUGGUGAUGGUGGAAACAAGAAAAAGAAAUCCAAACGAUAA